AUACAUUUCCGAAAUCAACCAAAUAUAAUUUCCAUUGUGUAGUCGAAGUUUUUCUCCUUAAUUCCAAACAUUUAUCUCACUGCAGGCAACUUGUGUUGUGUCUCUUGAUCUCCUCUCACCUCACUCUCUAACGUGUGAAGAACUUCAGCCAUAGCUAGACUCAAGUGAGAUUGAAAGCUCUCGCACUUCUAGGGAAGUUUUUGAAUUGGAGAAUGAUGACGAACAAUGAUUCAACAUUUUGUGGGCCUGAGACAGACAAUGAUUUAACAUUUUUUGGGCCUGAGAGGGACAAUGAUUCAACAAUUUGUAGGCCUUAUCAGGCAGCCCUGGAGGAGGAGUGGGAUGACCUGAAAAACUUCUUCAAAAAAGAAAAUGCUUUUGCUUUGUCAUCUAUUCUAUCGGCCGCCGGGGACACUGCAUUUCACUUGGCAGUUUUCAGCAACAAGGAACAGCCGCUUGAACAUUUACUUGAUGUUAGCAAAGAAGACCCUAUUGCAAUGUAUGCAUAUUUGGAAAAGAAUAAGUACGGAAACACAGCUCUUCAUGAGGCUGCCGCUAUUGGGAACGUUAAGGCCGUAAAGCUCUUGGUGGAACACGAUAAGAGACUCGUGGACGGAAAUACUGAGUUCCUUGAGGAUAGGAAUGAGGAAGGCGAAACCCCGAUGUUUAAAGCUGCUGCAUAUGGUAGAACAAAAGUAGUGAAGUUUUUAGCUUCAGAGUCAUUUGAACAACUGAUCAAAAAAACAGAAUAUAAAAUUACAGAAACGGGGGAAGGGAAAAAAGAAGAAUAUACAAAGUUGAAAGGCAUUCACCGCCAAAUAAUAACCCGCAUUAAGGCUAAACCUGAACCUUCCAAACCGCCUACACCCCUAGAAACCAUAGAAGUGCAUGGAGCCUCCAUUCUGCACGUUGCCAUCCAAGGAGAGUACUUUGAAACGGCUCUACUGUUACUGAAACUGGAUAAAGGCUUGGCAACAUUGAAGGGCGAAAAUGGCAGGACCAAUCUUCACCUGCUAGCCACUAUACCCUCUGCUUUCAAAAGUGGAUACCGAAUGGCCACACUGAUCAGUAGAGUCCUCUACUUCUGUCUUCCGAUUGAUGAUCGUAUAGAUGAUGAAAAGGGGAAUUGUUUUAAUCUCUUCAAAGGUCUUCAUUUUGGUGAUAAUGUAGAUGACAAAGAAUUAUGUUGUUUAAAUCUCUUUAAAGGGUGGUGGAUACUAGGAAAAAUUUGUUCACCAGCGAGAAAAAUCUGUGAAGCAAAGAGAAAGCAUAAACUUGCUUUUAGACUUGCCAAGAGCCUAAUAGCAGUAGAUGAUUCGUGGAUUGAAGAUGUCAUCCCAACAAUUUCAUCACCUGAUUCUUAUGAACAAGGAAAUAUUCGAGCUAGAGCACCGAUUGAAGAAGAUUCUAAGCCAAGCCCUUUAUUUAUGGCAACUGAAAGAGGAAUAAUAAAGAUUGUCAAAGAGAUACUUAAAUUCUAUCCCCAAUUAGUUGAGUCUGAGAAUGAUCUAAAGCAAAACAUAUUGCAUGUGGCCAUUAAGCACCGUCAAAAGAAGAUAUUUGAUCAUGUGAAAAGGAUGAAGAUACCAAUGACAAGGUUAGUCCGAGGGAUUGACAGAAAUGGCUACACCAUUUUACACCAUGCUGCAUACACGAGUGAUGACACUAGAGAAAUUCACCCUGCAGGACCUGUAUACGAACUGCAAGAAGAGCUAAAGUGGUACAAACGUGCGGAGAAGGUGACGCCCCCCCACUACCUCAUGUUGCCUGAUUCAGAGGAUAAAAUGACUUGCGAAGAACUCUUCAAUAUGAAGCAUAAUGACCUACUGAAGCGAGCACGACAAUGGAUAAAAGAGACUUCUCAGUCUUGCUCUGCAGUGGCUGUUCUUGUUGCCACCGUCGUCUUCGCAGCUGCCUACACAGUACCUGGAGGUUCCAAUGAUAAAGGGUAUCCAGUUUUUCUCAACAACAAAUUCUUCAUGUUUUUUACAGUCAUGGACGUGGUUGCUUUAGCCUGCUCCUUGACCUCGGUGGUCAUGUUCUUGUCUGUCCUCACAUCACCUUUUAAUUACGAAGAAUUCCUUCACGCUCUCCCUCGAAAACUGACAAUAGGCUUUUCCUUACUCUUCAUUGCCUUGACUACAACAAUGCUUGCAUUCGCAGCAACAUUAUUGCUUAUCGUUCGUUUCCAAAAGCCACGUUGGACCACCACUAUCAUUUACACUGCUGCAUUUCUUCCGGUCAGCAUAUUUGCACUCACGCAAUUCCCUAUGUAUGUCGCAUUUAAGGUGACGUUGCUCAAAUUUUACAAGUGGAUUAAGAAGGCUCUUCCUCGUAAAUGGUUUAAGAAGCAGAUUGCAACAAGGUUUCAAGUUUGUUCCAAGCGGGUUGCAAACAAGUUUCAAUUUUGUACGAAGCAGCAGCUUCAGAUAAAUGGGGUGUCAUCUAAGAAGAAUGAUGAUGAUCGUUGGCCUAGACUCCCAGUAUGACGGAUUUAUAUAUGUUGCUCGAAAUGCUAAAGGAGGCUGUAGAUCACCGAUGCAAGAGACUUCUAUUGGAUAUUAAUUAAAGGGUAGAAUAGUUCUGUUCUCCGACUGAUUAAUAUUAAUUAAUGGUGUGCGUGUAACAGUGUGUUCAAGGCAUGCAGUUUAGCAAGUCAACUUGCUUUUAGUCUAUUGUUAAGCUAGCAUUUGACGGGUCAGCAAGCUGUUAGUAGUUGGCUAAUUGUUAAAAUAUCAAACUCAGCUGAAGCUUCUAAAACUGCGUUUAUAAUGUAUAUACCAUGAGUA